GCCUUGACGACGUGAGGAUCGCAGCGAGGUUGGCGCAGUGCAUGCAGCCAGAACCCGGAAUGGGCAGAAGUGUUGAGCUGAGAACAAUGUCGAUGAAGCUUGUGCCAGAAGCAAAGCGAUUAUCGCACGUAUUAGCGAGAGUCCGAGCUUCGCCCACCUCGGAGCCAUGGCAGCCUGUCGCAAUUUCUGUUGGAACAACGCACCCGCGAACCCCAUGCUGACUCCUUGUUCGUCCUGAUGCAGCACACACCUUUAUUGUCAUCCGCUCAAACACAUCCGUGCCAAACCUCCAUAUAAUUCAUCAUGUCGCGCCCAAUGAACGACGAUGAGGUGCUGUCGGAGAUGAAGAAGAUGGUCGCCUUCAUCAAGCAGGAAGCAAUGGAGAAGGCGCGCGAGAUCCAAGUCAAGGCCGACGAGGAGUUCUCUAUUGAAAAGGCGAAGAUCGUCAGGCAGGAGGCGAUCAAUAUUGAUGCGCAGCAUGAAAAGAAGACCAAGCAGGCAGAGGUGUCGCAGAGGAUCGCCCAAUCGACUGCAACAAACAAGUCCCGGUUGCGCAUCCUGCAAGCGCGCGAAGCGCACCUGCAGACGCUCUUCGACCGCGCGCGCGCGAGCCUGGCGUCGUUGACGUCGGAUCCGAGCGCAUACUCGACGCUCCUGCGCGACCUGAUCCUGCAGGGCCUGCUGCGCAUCAUGGAGCCGAGCGUGACCGUUUCGGCACGCGUGCAGGAUGUCCAACUGGUCCAGGACGCUGCUAAGGAUGCGCAGAGUCUCUACGCCGAGAAGACCGGCGGGAAAGAGGUCGAGGUUGACGUCAAGGAGGGCCUGGGGAAGGACUCCGCCGGCGGCGUUCUCCUCGCUGGCCUCGGAGGCAGGAUCAAGGUCGAUAACACACUCGAUGAGCGUUUGCGCUUGCUGGAGGAACAGAUGCUACCCGAGAUAAGGAUGGACCUCUUUGGACCGAAUGAGAACCGCAAGUUCUACACAUGAGAUGUUUAGGCCUCUUCAUACAUUUCAACCUCCGUCCCGCAUUGUACCUUUCUACGCACCACACCAAACGCACAAACAUGCAUUCUCUGCCAUGUCGCUCGGCCGUAUCGCCAUGAGAGCUUUC